UUCAUUUUUAUACAGUGCUAAUAUAGCCAGCCUAUACUAAAAAAAAAUAAAAGGGAGCUUUCCUUGAACAGUGACAAACAGUCCAGUGUUAAGCAAAGAUCAUUAAAAUAAUAAAUAGCUUGUUUACAAAAUUCUCAUCUCGAGUCCUCUUUCUUGUGUAAUUCUUUUAACGUUACUUCCGUUUAUCGGGAGCGUUUGGUCACCUUGGCAACCGUAAACAUCCACACAUGACUGGUAAGGUUAAGUAUUAACGGUUAACCUGUUGCUAGAACAGCAAGCUUGCUAUUAUGACUGAAGAACUAGACGAAGAGGUUUUAGACAGUCUUGCAGAACUCGACAAACUUUAUACAGUAUUUGAUGGAGCGUCGCAAGAAGAUGUGGCAUAUGCAAAGGUUUUCUGGAGCUCUCUCUCCCUGCAGCCGCCGAUAGAGUCUCGACUCGUCUCAGCGGACAUCAGGCAGCGGCUGAGAGCUGCGAAGACACCGCACUGUAAGUGUGGCCUUCAGGGCGAAAUACAGCGAAAACUGUAUUUAACCACACAUGCUACCACAAAUAAAGCGUCGUUGUCUAAGAGGGAUGAUGAAAUCCAGCAGGAUGUUUACUUGAAUCAAAAGCAGGAGGAGCGGCAGAAAUACAUUGAGAUGGCCAAGAAAAGAGAGCAGAUUAUUGCACUUCUGAAAAAGCAGAGGGACGAGCGAAUUAAGAAGGAGAUGAUUUCCGACCAAAACAAAACAAGAAAUGGAAACCUAGUGGAUAAAAGUAAUUUACUGCUGUGGACAGCAAAAGGGGAGCUAUUCCGCUGAUGCUGCUACUGUAAAUCACAUCCAGUUAUAAAAGGGAAAAGCACAUAGGGCCUCAAGUAUUAUUUAAACAGGUAAGGGGGAAAUGAUUUGUCAGCUGGAAAGAGAGCAAAAUUACUGACAGUUUCUAACAUGUUCAUUAUUAUAUUGGAUUUCUAUACUAAAAUUGAUUCCCAGGCCCAGUGAUGAAGGGCUAUUGGAAAACCAACUUAAGCUAAUAUUGAGGCUUGGAUAUUGAUCUGAAAUCUGUCUGAUUAACUUGUUUGCUACAUCUAAAUCAAUGCAAAACAGAAAAUGCACUUUCUUUUGUAUAGAAUUAAUUCAAAUGAUGUUUCUAUAAUGAACCGAGUGGAUUUCGAAAACAAUGAAAUUAU